AGAUGCUCUACUAAAGCUAGCAGAAACAGUUGUUCAUUAAAAACCAAAGAACCGAACCUUGUAGAAGAAGAUGAUGGUUUUAUUCAAUACCUAUUCGUCAGGAUACAAAGCUAUAUGUUACUAAUUCGAGGUCCGCUUUCCAUCGGUACAGAUCGAGAUUUGGUUGAUGAGAGUGAAAAUGAAGAGAGCGGAAGUUCUCAUGAUGAAAGCGAAGAUGAAGAACCAAGGAUUAAAGAUGAUUUGAGUAACGUGUCCCAAGCGGUGCCUAAAGAGCGUGUUUCUGGUUUGUUGCAUAGCAUUGUCAUUUCCAGAGAUAUUCUAUUCUGGACUCUCCGAGGACAGCUACUUCGAAAUAAAAGCAUAAUUCUCGUGACAAACAUCGCAGAGCUAGUUGGGUAUGUACUACUACCACAUAACGAUGACGUGAGCAAACUUGGUUCGUUAAAUACA